AUGGCGGAUACCAGCUCCGAUGGGGCUGAUCGGCCACGCUCCGACGGGGCCUUAUCAUCCGACGAAGAAGACUUCGUUUCGAGCCAAAGCACUACCUCCGUGGAUCCGGAAGCUUUAGUCAAGCGCCACCUCUCCUUGUUUCCGAAACUGACUUUGGAAGCGAAUUCAUGCGAAAGCUCGGACCAGAGCGCGACUCGGACGUCCACACCUGGCACUGCAGCCUCGGUCUACACCGCGUCAAGCUUCAAGCCAACAGCUAAGAGCCCGAUGCAGCUUCUGGAAUUGCCUCUGGAUGUGCUGAAGGAUAUAAUCAAAGAGGUCACCCAGACAAAUGAUCUUACCUCCCUCGCCUUGACAUGCUCAACACUUCAUGGCUUGGCAGUGCCACACAUGUAUUCCCGGUUUGACAUCGUCUGGCCUGAAUCCUUGAAUUCUUCAGGCGAUGACUAUUCGGGGGUGGAUGCCUUGUCGUACGGGCUGUCGACUUUGGUAAUGGGAGAAGACGUCUUUCACCAUGCGCCGUUGGCAAGGUUCGAUCGACCUUCAGAUGACUGCUCCCAUUGCGGAUGCGAUAAACCACAUCAUCGGACACACCAGGCAGGCACCAGUAUCGGGCGAUCUGUAGCUCGACGAGGGAAUCAUUAUGCACAAUACACCCGCACCUUUUCCAUCGGAAAUGGCCCCCUCAGCUGGGUCCAAGAGUACUCAGUGAAUCGAGAGGUUGGGAAGAUGCUGGGAACACUGGUCGCCUUGGCUGUGGCGCGGAUGAUCAAUCUUGAGGCAUUCAUAUGGGAUAUGCCGACAGGAGUGGUUCGAGAAAUAUGGCUUGCCCUUGCCUCCUUGGCCGACGGACACCAUGAUAAGUGUCGAUUGGAACGCAUUUGGGUGCGGUGGCAUGAUAACUCUGAGAAUAUUCAACGCGUGUCAGCAGCGCUGAGCGGUAACAGCCGUCUGCUCCAGAAGUACAAGCACGUCGAACACCCCUCGCUAUCAGUGCUACCACCGCUCAAGAGUGUAGCCGUCCUCGAUAUAGAUGAGACGGCUUAUGUUGAGGAGCUUGCUGUUCUCAUUGAACGCUCUCGUCAUCGUCUGGUCGAGUUACGGAUCGGCGUUGCAUUGAAGGCCCACCUGUCUCCCUGGGUGGUUUGUGCCAAGGAUACCGACCCAGUCACUGACUACAAUCUAAGUUGGCCAAAGGCUGGUGGGGUUCUCAGCAUUCUAUCCAAGCGUGACUCUUUGCCUCAACCGGUAACAUCUUUGCUGCCCUCGACUUGCGACCUGCUGCAGUUAGACGCGUCCACGGAAAACGACGUUAAGAGUGAGGAUUAUAUUGCUCGGCAGGGGUCUAGUUCCCCAUCGUCCAUCGAUCAGCAACCUUCUAUCCAUGCCAAUGAUAGCACAGCAUCAUCGCCACCAGGCUCGAAGAACCUUGCUCCUAAGGCAAGCGGUCCCAUCUAUGGUCCACCACACACCAGUGAUGAAAAGCUGAACCUUGAGGUCCUGGAAUUGGAACGAGUCCCUCUCUCCAUACCGCAUCUUCUACCUCAGCUUGACUGGACUCGCCUCACCACUCUCACUUUGAUGCGUUGCGAGGAACAUGAGAAUCUAUGGAGGGCUCUUCGCCGAAAGUAUGCGCCACCUCAGCCGCCGCAGAAACGACCACAGAAAGGGGAAAGACGUCGAUCAAGCCUGAGUCGGUACGACUACUCGCUCAAUAUUAAGCAUCUGCGAACAGAUACCGUCACCCCAUACCUGAUGCUUUUCAUCAAAGAUGCCCUCGCUCCGAAUACUUUGGAAAGCGUUUACUUGCACGAAGCUCCAAACUUUGAAUCAAACGUCAAUAUCGAAGCUAUCUACCGCCACAUACUUCGGAAGCAUCGUUUGAGUCUCCGGAAGAUUCUUGUUGAUGCCUCCGAGCGAAAUGGAAACGUCGACAGUCUGAGCACACGUUGGCACAAGUGGAUGUUUAACCAGGAAAUGGUGUCUUUUGUCACUAGUGGACGAAUGCCCCAGCUGAGAGAGUUGGGGAUGGCCAUGCACUAUCGCGAUUGGCACUAUUUCCUGCAGAGGUUACCAAAAAUGCCUCAGCUACGCGCAUUGUACUUGCCUCGUAUUAGCCACUCCGUUCACCGCGAUCUGAAAGAGCUCGCCUUACAAGUUCUCGAUAUCGUUAGCAUCCGCCCCGAUCUGAAAAUCACCUACAUUGGUUUGCAAUCAAAAUGCUACCAGAUUCUUGAAAAGAAUGGCCCGAACAGCUCUACGGAUUCGGAUGGCACCCAAUCUGUGAAUUCCAACUUCCACUCUGGCAAUGAUGGCCUCGCCGCUUUUGACGACGAAACAAUGGAUACCAGUGACGACGAUCAGGAUAUACCAGACAAUCAUGAGCUUCUUUCUGACUUUUCUGACGAAUCUGAUAGCGAGCUGGAGGAGAAUGGCGCUAGUCGCGUUCAUUUCAAGCUACAGGAAAUUCUCUUCUACGAUGAUAAAAUAUCCAUUUUCAAGGCACGUCAUGGUGUGAUUUGA